AUGGCCAGCCCCAACCCCCUCAACGUGUACAAAGGACAAGACUCCAUCCAAAAGUACUUCGAUCCAGAAUCAGCACCCCCGCUACCGCUUGUCGAGAUUCCCGACUCGCUUAAUCCAUAUCGCCAAGAUGGAGUGCGUAUCUAUGCCAAGAUGAUGACUAUGCAUCCUGCAAACAACGUCAAAGCGAUGCCCGCGUUGAACCUUCUUCAGAACUGCGUCGUACCCGGAAAGACCAAGGCAGUGGUUGAGUACAGCUCUGGAUCGACUGUCCUGUCGAUGUCAUUGAUUUCACGAGCUAUUCAUGGUGUUGAUGAUGUGAGAGCGUUCUUGAGUAACAAAACGAGUUCAACCAAGCUCCGGUUGAUGCAAUUCUUUGGGAUCGAUAUUACGCUAUUCGGAGGUCCAUCACAACCGGAACCCCUCGACGAACGCGGUGGUAUCCGAGCAGCUCAAAGACUUGCACAAGAGUCAGAUGCAACCAUCAUAAACCCGAAUCAAUAUGAGAACGAUCUUAACUGGAAUGCACACGUCAAGUGGACAGGUCCGCAGAUCCAUAAGCAGUUACCAGAAAUCAACGUCAUCUGUGCUGGCAUGGGGACCUCGGGAACUAUGACUGGACUUGGCACAUACUUCAAAGAUGCAAAGCCUGCAGUAUAUCGACUUGGUGUAUGUACCGCACCUGGUGAUCGAGUCCCCGGCCCUCGAUCCUUCGCCCUCAUGGCUCCCGUCCAGUUCCCCUGGAAGAGAGCAGUCGAUCACAUCGAAGAAGUCGACUCUCACAACUCUUUUUCCAUGUCUUUAGAUCUCUGCCGAAACGGUAUCGUCUGUGGACCUUCUUCAGGUUUCAACCUUAAGGGUUUAAAUCAGCUUAUAGAAAAGCGCAAGGCUGAAGGUACUCUGUCAGACCUCGCUGGACCAGACGGAACUAUCAACUGUGUGUUCUUGUGCUGCGAUUUACCUUACCAGUACAUCAAUGAGUAUUUUGAUAAGCUUGGAGAGAGCUAUUUCCCCUCUAUCAAGAACGAGGACCUGCUCAAAGUUGAUUUGUAUCGAUAUGAUGAAAAGUGGGAGCGAUCAGCAUCCGAAGCCCUCGAUGCAUUCUUUGACGUCGACCGAGGUGCAAUUCUCGACAUGGUUCUUGCCGACCCCAAGAUUGGAUCUGUCAACACGGUCGACUUGCAAAGCAUCCUAAGGUCCAAACAGGACACUACUAUUAUAGAUCUACGCCAACCCGACGAUUUCAACAACUUCCAUCUACCAGGCGCUGUCAAUAUGCCUUUCGUUCAAGACGGCACCCCAAGCCCAUUCUCCCAUGCCAAGCUGUUAGAAUCACUCUGGGAAAACCUUGAAGGAACUUUCAAGGCUCCAGGAGCAAAUGUCCAGUCUCUUCUCAGUGGAAGAAGAGUCCUUCUCACAUGCUACGAUGGCGAUAGUGCCCGGGUUGCAACCAGUGUUCUGAGAGCCAAGGGAUACGAGGCGGAUAGUAUCAGAGGUGGGUUUCAGGCUCUGAACAAGAUGAGACAGAGCUCAAAUCAAACCCCUGUGACUGGUUCUAGAGAAUCAUCGCCUUGGGUGGACUUGAGUCAGGAGGCGCUGAGCGUUGGCGCAUCACAGUCUGCUCGAGUUUCGUUAUAG